AUGGUUUACGAAUGGUAUCAUUAUCAUCUCCUCCCCCUAUACCUAUUUGGCCACAUAGAUUUGUCGAUCAAAAUAAGAAACGAAUGGUUACGCCUUCAAAUAAAUUACAGCGGCGUGUAG